AAAUUAAUGGCCGUAGUUUUUCUUCAGUAAGUAUUUAAACUUCCAAUUUUCUCAAACCACUUAAUUAUUAUGUCUUGCACGGUAGUAUCGCGCAGCUAAUCACUAGUUAUAUAUAACAAAUAACGUUGAUCAUUCUAUUCCAUCACCAAUCCCAUGAACACUUUUCUGUGUGUUCCCUACCAGUAAAUUAUCAUCAUCAAGUUCAUAUCGAUCGCAGGCAUGGCUUCCUCCUUAUAUCAUCACCGUCCCCUUCAAACCCUAGCAUCUUUGCUCAUCAUCAUCAUCUCCCUGACGUCCCACAUCUCCGCCGCGGACGUUCCGUUCGAAUACCACAACGGCGAUCUCCUCUCCGGCAACAUCACCGUCACCCUCGUCUGGUACGGCAUUUUCAAACCCGCCCAGAAGGUUACGGUGAGGGAAUUCCUUGCCUCAUUGGACGCCGAUAUGGCCUCAGAUAAUCCGCCACCUUCUGUUUUCAACUGGUGGAACCUAUUGGACAAGUACUACACGACCCUCAAAUCCAAAAACGGCCUCACCUUGCCCUCCAUCUCCCUUUCUCCCAAAUUGAUCGACGACGACGACUACUCCUUGGGGAAAUCUCUGACCCAGAACCAACUCGUUGAGCUUGCAAAGAAGGGCAACAUCGAGGAGGAUGGAGCAGUACUUCCCGUGGUUAUCACAGCCAACGACGUCGUCGUUGAGGGCUUUUGCAGGGCAAAGUGUGGGAACCACGGCAUUGUCCCCUCGCUGUCGAAGAUUAACGGGAAGAGCUCGUCGUCGAGAUCGGUUUACAUCUGGGUGGGGAACUCGGAGACUCAGUGCCCUGGCUUGUGCGAGUGGCCGUUCCACCAGGCUGCCAAUGGGCCUCCGGGCCCGGUCCUGGUUGCGCCCAAUGGGGAUGCUGCGAUGGAUGGAGUAGUGAUCAACUUGGCGAGCCUGCUGGCUGGGACCGUGACGAAUCCAUUUGGGGAUGGGUAUUUCCAGGGCCCAAAAGAGUCCCCAUUGGAGGCUGGGUCGGCCUGUCCAGGGGUGUUCGGGAAAGGAUCACACCCUGGAUUUGCAGGGGAGCUUCUCAAGGACGAUAAGAAUGGUGGAAGCUACAAUGCCAAUGGGAUAAAAGGGAGAAAGUUCUUGGUGCCUGGUCUGUUUGACCCUUCUACUUCCACAUGCUCCACUGUGGGUUGAGAUCACAGGAUAAAACUUUGGUGUGUAUGCAAACCUACAAACCAAUUUUGAACCCACCCUAUUGGCCAGAUGUGUUUUUAUUAUUAUUAUUUAUAUUUGUUGAUUUUGAUUAUUUCAUUUAUGUUUGAAAUCCUUCAUGUAGCCUUGUUGGAUUUCAACAGAGUUUAUGUGAAAGCUCAACUUAUGAGCUAACUUCAUAACCAUUCAUUUAAUACUCAAUGAAUAAUUUUUUCAUGUCAAACGUGAAGUUCAACCCUCAUCGAAAAUCUCUGAAUUCUUGUCUGAAAACGUCAGCUAUGAUGAGAUUUUGAGGAUGUGAUCUAUUUUCGGCCACCCAAAUCCAAAACAAAGGACAUACCCACACUUCCCAUCUCUAGGCACUCCUUCCACUGGAUUUUGGGGAGAUUUGGCGAUGAGAGAGGACUCCAUGGUUGUGCUCCUAAUUUUUCAAAAGAUGAAUCAAACUUUGUGCCUCAAAUUAACUUUGCUGAACAUGGCACCACAUUUGCAAACAAGGUUCUCUCCCUGUUGAUUAAGUGCAGAAGUACAAUAACUUCUCUUUAUAAACCUCAUGUGGGGAUAGUGAUGGUUGAGAGAAUGGAAUAUGGUCGGAAGGUGAAGCGUUUGAGCGUAAGUCCCGAUCUCUCAAGCAGCAAUUCCCAACAUGCACUCUCAUUUCAAUGAUACACAAGUUGCCACAUGUGAGGGAACAACGAGAACCUAGGUCUCCUAACUUGCGCAGAGGCACACGAUCUCCUCUUAUACAUGUCCUAUAAGGAGGAGAAGUGUACGGGGUGGAAGUUAGAAAAUAAUGAUGGUUGGGUACUAAGAAGCUAUAUGAUCCCCAGGCACAUCCUCAAAUGAUACUCUAGACCAAGAGAAUAACUCUUUGGGGGAUUAACUCAAACACUAUGUCUGGUUGACUCUCACGUGGGAACACUCAUCUUUCCAACAUGGUCCAUGAAACUGUACCAGAAGUCAUACCAGAUUCGUCUAUAGUAGGGUAUUUUGUGGUACAACCGUGGUUCAACCAUUUUGUACUGCAAAAAUACCAUUUUUAAAAUAAAAAAAAUAAAUUUUUUAUAACUAUAUCGUACCGACAAAAUCAUAAUACUCUUUCGGAAUAAUACCGGAAUAAAACUGAGAUAUACCUGAUAUUAAGUUGUAAAUUAUUAAAUAACUACAACAGUCAACAACAUGCAACAUUACAAUUAUACACACUUCAACAUUACAAUUACUUCUCAAUGGCCUUCCUAUGCCUCGGUUCUCUAUUAAGAGAGUGUGGCAUCUCAUUCGCCCUACUCAGCAGAAGGUGGAUUGGUGGAAGAUUGUCUGGAAAGGCAACUCUAUUCCCAGAAAUUGUGUCAUUACUUGGUUGGUUAUUAGAGGUAGCAUUAAUACAAAAGAUAGAAUGUAGAAGUGGGGGUUUAUGGGACCUAUGUCCUGUGCUUUCUGUGGUGGAGGGAUUGAGAGUAGGCAGCACUUGUUUGCACUCUGUCCUUUCACAAGACAUCUCCUUGAUGCACUUUUUAGUGGUUCUCUGCAAGUUCCUUUACUUCAGACAUGGGAGGGACUACUUUCGUGGAUGGUCUCAAAGAUUAGCCACCAUACUGAAGUUGCUGAAGCGGAAAGACUCAUCUGCCAAUCGUGGAUAAAUCAGGUAUGGAGAGAGCGUUGUAGAUGAUUGUAUGGGGAUGGUGCUAAGGGUUUUCAUGAAUUGUUGAACUUGAUUCAAUCAAAAGUUGAAUGUGUUUUGGGUAGUGAGCGUGUUAGCCUAUUUUGGAAUGUCUAAACUAAGGUUCUGUUUCAGAGGUUAGGUCGUCGUUUCUUUGUUUCCCAACGCUUGGUUUGGUUCCCUAGUUAGCAAGGGUGUUGCUAACAACGCUUUUUUGAUGAAUAAAGAUCCCACCGAUUCAUAUAAAAAAAAGUUUUUUUAAUAAGCUUAAGAGUAAAAA